UAAACGGGCUCAAAGAGAGACCCACCUGUGGCAGACACUGUCCGGCACGAAGGGAAUAAGUUACUGCGUCUCCAGCAAGACCGUUACCGGACACAAACCUUGUUGUUGUUCAUCUUGAUUAUCUGAACUCGGACGAACCGUUAUACACAGGGUGAACAUGACAUUAUUUUGUCAUCAACUUUUCAUCCUCCUAUGGAUUGUUGUCACAGUGUUGUCUUUUUCUUUAGGGGGGGAGCCCAACACCCAGACUCCUGGCACACACGGCAGUCCUGGGCCCACAGAUACAUCCAUGACCCCAGGAGACAGAUCCACCACCCUCUUAUCAACAACGACCCCAGUCUCCACUGAACCCAGCUCCGCCACCACAGACCGAGCCACCACCACCCAGGACCCCUCAACUGUCCACCCUAGCACUGAUGGCACCUUACCCACAACAGCAGCCGUCUCUAAAACUAAAGAGGUCUCUACUACGACAGACCUGACCUCAACGUCUGAUACGACAGAGUCUACGGGAGUAGUCGGCACCACAGCGACAGAAACAAGAACUAUCCCGUCGGUCAGCACAGCAGAGAUAACUUCCUCCCACAAGACCUCAGCGUACACUGUCACAUCCCUUGAGUCGACGGAAAAAGACAGUCAAUCUACAGACAGUGGCAUGACAACACCCACCACCACACCUGCCCUUAGCAGAGGGGUCUCUCCGUCUACCACGGAACAUGCCGGAGCCUCCUCCUCUGUCACCACGGAGACAGGCCGUACCUCAAACACAACUCCAGACAUUGUCCCAACCAGCAGUACCAAAGAGCCAGGCACACAUGAAACAACAGCUAUCAAUACAGCUACCACAAAUACAGGUACCAAAGACAGUGAGACCACAGGUACAGGGAUCACAAAGUCCACCAUCCCACCAACUGGUCAGACCUCUCUGUCUUCAACACGCCCCUCCUCCACUACAAAGGGCCUUGAGACCUCUCUCUCAGUAACAGAGGGUGGUACCCUGUCUUCAACACGCCCCUCCUCCACUACAAAGGGCCCUGAGACCUCUCUCCCAGUAACAGAGGGUGGUACCCUGUCUUCAACACGCCCCUCCUCUACUACAAAGGGCCCUGAGACCUCUCUCCCAGUAUCACAUAGUACCUCGCCCUCUACCUCAACCACCGCCAAUACAGAGGCCUCCCAGGUCCCCACUACAAAGGGCCCUGAGACCUCUAUCCCAGUGACCGAUGGCGCCACGUCCUCAACCCCCACAGCUACCAUUACAGGGAGCCCUCAUACAGACAAAACCACUGGAACACAGGGGACUACCGAUUCUACAACCACAGCUGACACUCCAGCCUUGCCCCCCACCUCCGGCUCUUCCUCCAGCCCACCCUCUCCAGGCUCAACCCAAACCCCCGGCAGCAGCACUGAGGCCCCCAUAGACACCUCCACCACCACCCCUGCCACCUCACCCACCAUCACACCUACAGGAGAAACCUCUGAACAACCAACUAGCAAAACUAGUGAGAGCCCACUUCCUCCUUUCCACACCUCCACCUCCCCUACCGGUGGAAUCACCACCCAGCCAGAGUCAGCCAUCACUGCUACCACAUCCCUGCCUCCACCCAUCUCCAUAGUGUGUCCCUCCACUCCCUGUCCGUACGAUAGCAUCUGUCUCAAUGGCACCUGCCAGUGUGUGUCUGGGACCUUCCUCUUAGAGGGCCGCUGUGUACAAGCCCAAGUGUUCUCUGGAGACCUGCAUCUCAACCAGACAUUUCAGGAUGAAAUGAGCAACCGGUCAUCAGUCAUAUUUCAGCAAACAGCAGCCAGGAUCUCAGAGGCACUGAGAAGAGCCUUGGAAAACGAGUCUGGAUACAGCCAAACUGAUGUGGUGCUGCUUAGGCAAGGCAGUGUGAUCGCGACCGUGAACAACGUGUUUAAACUAGGCUCCAGUGCCACCCAGACUUCGACCAAUGGCGCUAUAGAGAAAGCCAUACAAGCCUGUGGCACGACCUGUGGGACUAUACUGCAGAGAGCUACAUUUACCGCCACUGACCUAUGUGAUCAGGCCCCCCAACCGUGUGAUGUCCGCUCUACUACGUGCGAGUACAAAGAAGAUGGAGUGACCAGAUGCUCCUGUAAGGCUGGCUACAUCAACAGCUUCUACUCAAACCAAAGCUGCACAGCCUGUCCCAGUGGUCAAAGGUCAGAGGGAGACGCAUGUGUGCCAUGCCCGUUUGGCUACGCUGGAUUCAACUGCACUGACUCGGCUCUGUUGGCAGUGGUGGUCAUCGCCUGUGUACUGGGGGGAGUCCUUCUCAUCAUGCUGCUGGCCUUGUUUGCAUAUUGCUGCUGGUACCGGUCGCAGUCAGUGAAGAAGCCUUCAGCAGAGUUUAGCAGCCCGUACCCUGUGGAGGACUUCCAGGGCCCCUGGUCCACCACCCAGGGCAUCACCCCGAUCCCCCGGGCCAGCACCAACUGGGCUUCAGCCCCCAUGGAGAUGACCGAAGGGGGCAGCACACACCACCUGGUCGACAUGAAGCCCCACACCAACGGAGCGGGAUUCCACAUCCUGCCUAAACGGGGGAAGAAGACCGGGUCGUAUGACCUGACCUCAGACAGCAUGAACACGUUCAAGGGGAAGAACCAGUCUCGCUACUCCUACCUGGUGCAGGGCCACGAGAACCCUUACUUCAUACCUGCAGAUGACAGGAGACCCGUAUGAGAACCUCAGCGACGUCUGGAGGCAAGGGCCCGUAUCCACACAGCGUCUCAGAGCAGAAAUGCUGAUCUAGGAUCAUUUUUGCCUUCUUAAAUCAUAAUGACUAAAAAGGGGAGACCUGAUCCUGGAUCAGCAAUCCUACUCUUAGAUGCUUUGUUAAUAUUUGCUGUUGAGAGGAGACAAGGACGGGUUAGAGAGAGGAGGGAAGGCUACAGGGAAGAUAUGGAGGGGGGGGGGGGUGUAUCGGACAAAAAUGGCUGAAGAUCAAAUUGAGAAGUCACUGACUUCUAGUAACUCUGGGUAUAGGUACAUCUUAUCACUGUAUUUGUGUUGAACUAUGUAGAACUGUGUGUAUACCUUUUCAUCAGGAUGUUCGGAUAGAUGCCAUGUACUGUGUAGGGCAUCAGUAGUAAUUUGUGGUUUUACAGUCCUUCAAGGACUGGAAUCCUUCACGGUUUAACGGCACGACUCCAAGGGACUUGACAGCAGGGUUUUAAAUAUGUUCUUCUUGAAUCCAUUCUCAAAAUCAGCUUUAUGAUUCACAACGAUCUGGGGUCAAACAUUCACUGACUUCCCAGGGAUUCACUUCAAGAACUGACACCACCAAAGAGGAUUGUGAACACUAUAGAUUCAUGUUUUUACUUUUGCAAUGUUCCCGUUCAUCUGGUCAUAGUCUUUAUCCUGUUCUGCAAUACAAAGACAGGAUUCUGAAUAAUAUUUGUAAAAAAAAAAAAAAAAA